AUGAUGCGUUCACCGGAUAGCAAAAUGAGCAAAUCGAACCCUGACUUGUGCACGGAUAAUGUACCUGGUACUAAUGUCACCCUGAGAAGCGGAAAACGGAAGCAGCCUGACUGUGAGGCAGAUGUUACUCAGGCGAUUGCCUUGUUGUCUGAUAAGUUGACGAAGAAUAUUGGCGAUCUCCGAGUUGAUAUGAAUAACCAGUUCACGACCAUUACUGCGAAUAUUAACAACCUUCGGGAAGAAUUCAAUACAUUGUCGCUCAUUUCGGCCCAAAUUCAAAACGACAUUAAGGAACUUCGUGCAGAAUAUCUCGUUAUUAAAAAAGAUAUGUCGCAAUUUGACACAAAACAUAAAGAAUUGUCACAGAUUGUCACGGAGUUGAAGUCUACAGUUAAUUUUAACUCGGAUAACUAUGCGGAUUGUGAAAAACGUCUGACGGUGCUGGAACGACAUGUGAAUAACUCGGCAGCCUCGACUGUUGAAUUAUUGGAAAGAAAGAUCGAUUCUCUAGAGCAACAGGCAAGACAGUGUAACGUAGAGAUAGGAAAUAUGCCAGAAAAACGCGGUGAGAAUUUAAUUACUGUACUUCAAUCAAUUGGUUCAGCACUCAACAUGUCCUUGACGUCGAAGGAUAUAAUAUCCAUUCACCGGGUCCCACAUGCACAUCCACAAAAUAAUCGUCCGAAGAAUGUCAUAGUCAAAUUUACGUCUAAACUUAUGCGUGACAAUGUCCUCAGUGCAUACCGGUUAUCUAAAGGUCUGACUUCGGAUCGCAUAGGCCUCACUGGUGCACCUUGUCGUAUUUAUAUGAACGAGCACCUAACGCUGCGCAACAAGGAGUUAUUUCGAAAAUGUCGUGAAGCCGCUAAGUCAAACAAAUUCAAAUUCGUGUGGGUCAGGAAUGCAACGGUCUUGGUUAAGGAAUCUGAAGAUUCCUCUACGUACGCCAUACGUUCGGAAGAGGACAUAUCCAAGAAGAUUAAGCCAAAUCCCAUACCUACAACUACGGCUGCUGAACAAACCCGUUAA